AUGGACAAGUCGGAGGAGUUAGACAAAUCGCAGGAGCUGGACCCUUUUCCUCAAGGGAAAAGCACUUUUGCGAUGAGUUUUGAUCCUAUUAUUCAGCAACGCACAUACGAUAGUAAAGAUAUUAUGGGUCUUUUAAAAGGUGUAGCCAUAUUAGAUCUUAGUAGUGAUAUUGUGUUGCUGAAACCUUUUUCAAAUACAUACUUGAAUGAGAUGGAGGCAUCACCUGCGUUUAAAUUAUGCUUGAAGGAGUAUGAACCACGGUUAUCAGUGAAACCAAUCAAACGAAAACACUUUCACUGUCUGCCACUUCGUGUGGAAAAUGUCAUUAUUGCCCUCUCCGUUAGUUUAUGGCGUACAACACUGCGUAGCAAUGAUCUUAUUGAAGCUCUCAGAGAGCGUUUUUUAUCUGGUUUAGAUGAAAAACAUCGUUCUAAGAAAAAUAAAUUACCUGUUCGAAUGUUGUUUAGAUUUCUUAAUGAAAUGUCUGUGGAUGUUGUUGUGAUGUCUAUGGAAAAGGAAAAAAUAGCCGUAUUUCGCGCAAAGUCCUCUCAACAGAAACCACUCUCUGAAUCUAAUGAUCCAAAAGUGGGAAUAUCUCCAGCGAAAGAACGUACACUUGUUGCAUUAGAAUUUGAUGCUGCUUGUGGUAUAUGGUCUCCUCUGCAAUUAUCACCUCCACCUUCAACACCACUGUUGUCGAUGGUUUCACAUGGUAAGCAAUCUCAGGUGAGUGAACAAGAAACUUUUGAUGAAACGCGAUCACAAUCGCAAGCCCUUAGUACUAUUAAUAUGAUGAGAUCAAAUGCUACCCCAUUAACCUUUGAACUUGGACAAAGUAGUAAUAUGGAUACUAUGGUAUUUGAUCGUACAGUUUAUAAUCCACAAAUGGUACCUCUUAAAGCAAAUGGUGAUGUCAAUAAUCUUGAAGAUGGAGAGAGUGGAAAGGAAAAUGCACAACAUUCACCUUUUGCAGGAAUGAGGUAUCCAAAUAUUAAUCAAUUAGAUCUUCAAUUAUGGGAAGUUUUACGACGUGGAUUACAUCCAGCAUUGCGCCGUAAUCGUAUUCGUUGUAUAGUUACAUUUCCCCUUGCAUUGAUAGCUUUUUGUUUGGGUUUGGCUCUCAUUAUUUAUUUAAGAAUUUCUUUAAAAGCAUGUUUUAAUGAUACUUCAACAGAUGUAUGUGUAUACGCAAAUGAAGAAACAUCUAUAGAAAAUUGUACAAUACCAUUUUUUAAUAAUACGAAUAGUUCCGUCCUUGAUGAAUCUGUUAACGCUUUUUUAUUUGGUUAUGCAGCAAGUCCUGGUACUUUUAUUGUAGCUGUUACAUGCUGUAUGUUUGCAGCGGCACUUAUGGCCAUUGGAGUAAAUUACUUUACAACACGGGCCAUAGCUACAGGAAGUACACAACCUCUCUUUUAUAUUAUUAUAAUGGUUGCACACGUUAUCCUUGGAGUCGUUGGGUGUAGUUUUUCUGCAUAUGCACUUUAUGUUCUUUCACAUGAAUCACACCAAAUCUCCUGUUCUUGGUUUGAUAACGACAUGAAGGUUUAUUGUAUGGCGGCAAUGAAUAUCUGUCCAGGUAUUAUGAUUGAAAUUCACUUGCAGCCUAUCAUCCCUAUUGUUCUUACUCUAUCUAUUCUAUUAUUAUGUUUCUGCAGUGUGCAGUUUAUCGUAUCUCUUGUACCGCCCAUGCCAGACCACAACACGAUAGCAGCAUUAGAAAAGGCAAAGUCCGAGACGUAUGUGUUUUACCCGAGUGCAUAUGCCCCAGACGGUAUUUCAAAAGUAAAUAAGUUGUGGUUACGUGCACGUAUUACCCGUCGUCUCCGCAUGCAACUGCGCGAAGAGGUGAAAUUACAUAAUUUUCUUCUCACACGUAAUGCCACUAUAGGAGAAAUGAUGCGGGCCAAUCGUGCCCAAAGCCUCGGAGAAGGGGAAUAUCAAGAAACCACUUUACAUAAACAACAAGAGCAGAAGUGGCUUGGUGAAAGUCUUGAGAGACCAUUACAUUAUAUGGUAAUGAUAGAUGAGUCUAAUAAUGUGAAUGGUUUUACCGGGAAACAGCACCAGCACCAACAGAAGAGAAGUAAUGAAGAGAGAGUGGCAGGGGAGAGUAAAAGGAUACGCCGAGAAAUACCGUCAAAACUUCUUACGGAGGUGGAAGAGAUUAGUCAUAGAGUUAAAGCUUCAAAAAAAGAAUUAAAGCUUCAAAAAAAUCAUAUAGAAACAGUUCGCUAA